AUGAAACUUUUAGCUGCUCUCGUGUUUUUGGCUAUUUGUUAUGAAAUUCAAUCGGCAGCAACUCGAUUCUGUGGUCAAAAUUUGGUUCAGGUUCUGGACGCUGUGUGUGUGGAUGGUUUCUAUGGAAUGCAGAUUAGUAAAAAAUCUACCAAUAAACCAAUGUUGCAUGGUCUGACAGAUAUAAUUGGAUUUAAUGAAAUCGACGGUGAACCACAUUAUGAUCCCGACUCCCAACUCAGUCGUAUGUUGCACAGUGAAUCAAUGAAUGGAUUGGCAAAAACUCGCCGACAACGUCAUUUAAAUGGUGUUUAUGACGAAUGCUGCCGUAAGGGUUGUACAUUGCAAGAACUCGCCGGAUAUUGUCUCUAA